AUGAAUGUGUGUUUUUGUUUGUGUGUAAUAAAGAUGGAAAAGGACAGUGAUAAGAAGUUUACUGCUGAAUUAAUAUAAUUUACAUGUGAUGAUACUCAAUUUUGUCUUCUUAGGUUUCACUAAAGUCAUGGUCGUACUGCUGCAACAGCAGCUCCUCCAGGUUUGCAACAGAAAAUCUGUUUGCCGUGACUUUAGGACAGCUAUCCAUGCAACAUCCAUUUAGAGGACCGAUGACAACCCAGCCCCAUUUGGUUAUAACUGCGUGUGGCCAUCUCCUUGGCUGUUAACCACUUCCCACGGUUCUAAAGCCUUUGGAACAUUGCUGCCAAUCAACAACUCCAGACUUUAAGAAGGUUCACUUCCCUAAGGUAAGGAAAUCUAGAGAGAGAUCAUCAUUGGUGGGAAUGCUACUUGUGUCUACUGGCAUGCUUUCCUGAGUGUAUACUUCUGGUAAUGCAAUAAAGUAGUUCUCAUCUACAGCAGAGAUAUCUAACCCUGUGAUGAUGUCCGCUCAAUAAGAAAUAAACUGGAUGAGAUCAGACUAUGACUCACAGCACAGAGGACGUUGACAAGCUGCUGCUGCAUGAUUUUCACGGAGACAUGGUUAGACAGCACCACACCAGACGCAGCUAUCCAGCUAGCAGGCCGCACCGUCUACCGGGCCGACAGAACAGCUGACUCGGGUAAGAAGUCCGGUGGCGGUCUGUGUGUAUUCUUAAAUAACUGCUGGUGCACAAACGCAAGCAUUGUCGAAAAGUAUUGCUGCCCCGAACUGGAACUUAUGCUUCUGAAGUGCAGGCCCUUCUACUUACCGAGGGAGUUUGGCAUUGUUUUCAUCUGUGCUGUUUACAUCCCUCCGGACGCUAAUGCUAAACUAGCAUUAGCACAGCUACAUGUCUACAUAAGUAAAAGACUGGCCACACACCCAGACAGCGCCUUCAUUGUAACAGGAGAUUUUAACCGAGCUAAUCUCAGAUCUGUGCUCCCCACAUUCCAUCCAAACGUGACCUGUGCAACAAGAGGCAGUGUGACACUAGACCAGGUGUACACUAAUGUUGUUAAGGCUUACAAAGUACAGUCUGACUCCCACCUAGGCCUGUCUGACCACCUCUCGCUGUUCCUGUACCCCUCAUACCAACAAAGAAUAAAAGCGACAAGGCCUGCCACCAAGUCCAUAACAGUGUGGAAUGAGGAUACCAUCCCUCAGCUGCAGGACUGUUUUGACAGCACGGACUGGACAAUAUUUAACAGCCUGGAAGCUCCUGUUGACCCAAAAAGGGCACUGGAGGAAUACACAUCUUCAGCUAUGGACUACAUCAACUUCUGCGUGAACAAUGUCACAAGAAGGAGGACUGUGAGAGUGUUCCCCAACCAAAAGCCAUGGAUGUGCAGAGAGGUGCGUACACUAUUAAAGGCCAGAGACAGAUCAGGUGAUGCACCAGCGUACAGCGUAGCCAGGGCAGCACUGAGGAGAGGCAUAAAAUCUGCAAAAGCCAAGCACAGGCAACGUGUUGAGCAACUUUUCCACACUCACACCAAUCCGAGACAAGUAUGGGAGGGAAUAAGGGCAAUCUCGGACUACAAAGGGACUGCGUCAUCCCCCCCGUCCAGCUGUGCUACCCUGUCUGAAGAGCUGAAUCAGUUCUAUGCACGGUUCGACAGGGACAACACUGGUCAGCUGCCUCUGCCCCUACCCUCUGACGCUGCUGCACCCACUCUGAGCACCCACGAGGUCAGACUCUGCUUGAAAACCAUCAACCCCAGGAAAGCGGCAGGACCAGAUGGUGUGGCAGGCCGCGUACUAAGGAAUUGCGGGGACCAGCUGACAGAGGUUUUUACAGACAUUUUUAACCGCUCUCUAGCCCUUUCACAUGUCAAAGCAUCAACCAUCAUACCUGUGCCAAAAAAGACUGCAGUCACAUGCCUGAACGACUAUAGGCCAGUGGCUCUCACCCCCAUACCUGCUAAAUGUUUGGAAAGGCUGGUCAUGAAACACAUAAGAGGCAUCACACCAGCUUCCUUUGACCAACACCAAUUUGCCUACAAAGCGAACAGAUCUACAGAGGAUGCAGUAGCCCUGCUGCUUCACACUGCACUGGAGCACCUGGAGCUAAAUAACACUUACAUCCGUAUUCUAUUUAUAGACUAGACUAUUUAUAGACUAGACUAAUUCUGCUUUCAAUACGAUCCUUCCAGGAAAACUCAUCUCCAAACUUCAGGAGUUAAACCUCAGUGCUACACUGUGUAACUGGGUAUUGGACUUCCUGACCAAUCGCACACAGAGAGUACAACUGGGGAAGCACCACUCUUCGAAUUUGACCAUCAGCACUGGCGCCCCACAAGGUUGCGUGCUCAGCCCACUAUUAUACACUCUCUACACCCAUGACUGUACUCCCUCCUGCCCAUCCAUCUACAUCAAAUUUGCAGAUGACACAACAGUGCUUGGCCUCAUCUCCAACAACGAUGAGGCUGCCUACAGGCAAGAAGUGGGAAACCUGGCAGCCUGGUGUUCUGAGCACAACCUCAGUCUCAACUUAAAGAAAACAAAAGAGAUGAUCAUUGACUUCCAGAAGUCUGCUCAGCACAAUCACCAUCUCCCACUCUACAUCAACGGGGAAGAGGUUGAGCGAGUCACCUCUUUUAAGUUUCUGGGUCUAACGCUGACGGAGG